AUGCCGAAACGACGCUUCCAAGCCCACGAAGUCGCACUCCAAGAGCCUCUCACGAAGCGAAACAGCAACAACACCGACCCAACAGCCGGGCGCUUCCUCCUAGCCACCGUGACUUAUUGGGGCAGCGCGGCCCAUUACUUCGACAACACGCCCACGACUACAAAGUUGUGGCAAAUGCAAAUCGAUCACGCGGGCUACAACAACUUCAGCUUCAAGCUGCUCCAGGUCGUGAAUGAUACGCUCCGCAACUACCCCGACCCGAAUAUCACGGACUUGAAAAGCCUGGAGCAACACAUGAAAAUACGAGUUCUCAACGGUGCCCCCAGCCAGCAAAAAGAAGACAAUGACCCGGACGGCAUGCAAUUCAAUCCGUGGCGACCUGUGCUCUACGUGGGCAAUGAGAACCCCAACCCACUCCUGGAUCUGGUGUAUCGAGUGCUUCAGCACAAAGUGGAUUCAGCACAUAUCCUCGACAUGCCAGCACUUCAAGUGCAGUCAAACUGUUCGCACUGGAGCCCUACGCAGGAAGACCUACCACAACCGUGGCAACUAUUGCGCACAGAACCAGAAUGGAUGCCGAACAUAUUCAGAGUCUUGCCUCCCAGAGGACGAAGACACAUCGUGUGCCAACUCGAAGCUGCCGAAGACGAGCACUACGACCUGAUGUUUCUGGGCGGACUCUAUAUUUUUCGGGACAAAUUCGACGCACAACAGGUCCCUUACGGAUUCCACAAGACAGCCGAUCCAACGGAAAAGCGAAUUUACGUCCGCCUUCUCAAAGUAAAGAACGACCAAGAAGGCAAAGAGAAAGUACUCAGGGUUGUCGACAACGUUCUGUACCACAUGCCCGUCUACUUCUACCACUACAUCGAUGACAAGAAAGACCCCAUGCUGACCUGGCUCCUUUCUCUAGGCCCCUUCCGACUCAACCCCAUCCCGUUGGACGACACCUGA